AUGACUGCACCCAAGUUAGUCUUCGGAGCCGGCACCCUGAUGAAGAGUGCUGGCUACAACACGGCUGAGGAGGUUAAACCGGUACUAGAGGCACUGGCAGAAUACGGAGAUCUGUUCACAGAACUCGAUACCGCCGCCGCCUACGGUGAGUCCGAGGAGUACCUGGGUCAGGUCAAGGCGGCAUCCCAGUUCACUAUCCACACAAAAGCAAGAGGCAUGAGAAAUCCUAGCCCAUCGACAAAAGAGGUCAUCAUUGCCGAGGGAAAGGAAAGCCUAUGCAAGCUCGGAGUGGAUCAGGUCGAUAUCUACUUCAUGCACUGCCCUGACCUCCGAGUCCCCCUAGAGGAGACACUCGCCGGGAUCGACUCCCUCUACCAAUCAGGCGCCUUCAGACGCUUUGGGCUCUCCAACUACACCGCAGAACAAGUCGAAGAGGUCAUCCGCGUCUGCAACAGUCACGGCUACGUGCUGCCCUCGGCCUACCAAGGCAACUACAACGCGGUGGCGUGCCUAGCGGAGGACGAGCUGCUCCCGCUCCUCCGCCGCCACGGGAUAGCCUUCUACGCGUACAGCCCCAUCGCAGGAGGGUUUCUGGCCAAGAAAUCGGCACAGCUGAGGCAGCGCAGCCUGCAGGGCCGCUGGGAAAGUAACAAGGUUGCCGGGCAGAUAUACUACGCCAUGUACGCCGACCGACCCGGGUAUCUCGAGGCGCUGGACCAGUGGCAUGAGAUCGCCGCCGCAGAGGGCGUGACGGCCGCGGAGAUGGCCUACCGCUGGGUGGUCCACAACUCGGUUCUGGAUGCGGCGUUGGGAGAUGCUGUCAUCGUUGGCCCGAGGAACCCCGAACAGAUCAGAGAGAUAGUGGCGUGGAUUCAGAAAGGCCCACUGAGCCAGGAGGCUGCGAUCAAGAUUGAGACGCUCUGGGGCCCUCUCAAGGAGCAUGCUCUGCCAACCAACCUGGAGGCUUUCAACAUGGUGAAUAGCAGAAAGGCUGAUUGA